AUGCUGUCCAAGACUGAAUACUUUGACCGACUCUAUGCGUUGAACGAGUCUUCUUCUGAUGACGAAGUGGAUGCCAGCGAUGUCUUAGGUUUUUUGAGCAACGGUGAUCGUCCUCUAGUAUCAGUCUCAGUAUCUUCAUUGCCGGCUUCUUCAAGUCAGACCAGGCAAAGAAAGAGCCCGAGGCAGCCACCUGCCAUUCACCGAAACAACUCGGCACCUCAACCCAGUGUCGGUGUCAAGCCUGAUAAGACUCUCACACGAAAGACUUCUCUGCUUCGCUACGAUACUCCCACCCCUCCAUCAGGAUCUUCUUUCUCGGGGAAAACUUCAUCCGUGCUGCCAUCCUCAAGCCAUCGGCCUGACCCGGAACGUCGAGUUGUGUCCGAUCCUACUGGAGGUUCAUUGAUCUUGAAGAACAGCACGGGAAUCGCAAGCAUGCUUCAGAAGAAUCAAAAGCGAAAGCGUCAAGCCACCAAGCUUGUUCCCGAGGACCAACAAAUCUUCCGGGGCCUUGAUUUUUACUACCUUCCAGCAGAUGACAAGAACCCUAAACGGAGGAUGCGGAUCACAAAGGCUAAGGAGUAUGGUGCUAAGUGGACUACAGAAUUGGAAGAUGGUGUCACGCAUAUCAUUGUGGAUAACUCGCUCACGUAUGAACAUAUCAUGACGUAUCUCAAGGAGACUCUAAAGGUUCAAGCUCUACCAAAAGGAGCUAUCCUAGUGAAUGAAGACUAUCCAAUUGACUGCAUCACUUUUCGUCGAAUCUUGGAUUCAAACCAAGAUCAAUACGCUGUCAAGGGAGCCGUCAUAGAGUCCGAAGAGAAGCCAGCGUCGCAAACGAGUCCACAGGUUGCCCAAGGCGAAGAGGAUAUCCAAAGACGAACUCCGCCGCGAGAAGAUUCCGCAUCACAGGCUAGGAAUGUAGAAGGUGAAGGCGAAGCGGAAACGCAGAGAAUCUCCCAAAACCCAUCACCUGCAAGGAACUUCCAAAGAGAAAUGGGCUUCAACGACCCUCUUGCUGAGAUGAUUGAGUAUGUGCAGACGAAGAAACAUCUCCCCCUCGACGAUGAGGAGGAUGAGGAGCGGCCAUCGUCUAGCGACAGUAUGCAAGAUCCGGGUGAUUUCGAUGACAGCAGAGAGAGAUCUCCAUCUCCAGUCCGAAAGUCCUCUAGGAAAAAACGCAGAGGGUCCAAGGGUUCUUUCAACCAGAACAACUUCAGCUGCAUGACGGGAGGAACUGGUGAGAUCACAUCUUCAAAUCCGAACGCACGCACAAUCGAAGUCCUCCAGGAGAUGGGGGAUUUCUACGAAAAAGUGAAGGAUCAAUGGCGUACAAGAGCAUACAGGAUGGCUAUUGGAACCCUCAAGAAGACAAUGAACAAGAUAAGAACUGCUGACGAAGCCGAAGAACUUCCCAAAAUUGGCAAGCGGAUUGCAAAGAAGAUCGAGGAAAUUGUUCUCACAGAUGGAUUGCGUAGAUUAGAAUAUGCGAAGCAAGACCCAACUGAUCGCAUUCUACAAAAUUUUCUCAAGAUAUAUGGUGUCGGUCCCAGCCAGGGACUCAAAUGGGCCCAGCAAGGCUAUAAGACUCUCGAGGACCUAAAGGCCCACGUCCAUUUGUCUGAGAACCAGAGAAUUGGUAUUGCUCACUAUAAUGAUUUCGACACCCGGAUUCCGCGCGAGGAAGUUAUAGCUCUUGGCGACAUAGUUAAGUCAGCAGGUGCGAGCAUUGAUCCAAACAUGGAACUCACAAUCGGAGGCAGCUAUCGACGAGGUGCAGCAACGUCAGGAGAUAUCGACUUCCUCAUAACCAAGGCCAACACAACAACAACCAUCGACCUGUUAUCAUUCCUCGAGGAUCUCGUGCGCCACCUUACGGACACCGGGUUCCUCGUCGCAGCCCUAGCAGUCCCACGUGGCGAAAGCUCCUCAAAAUGGCACGGCGCUUGUGUCCUCCCCGGAAACCCCAUCUGGCGUCGCAUUGACUUCCUUCUCGUGCCGGAGAGCGAGAUGGGCGCCGCGUUGCUUUACUUUACCGGUGAUGACAUCUUCAAUCGGAGUAUGAGAUUCCUGGCAGGAACGAAGGGGUGGAGGUUGAAUCAGCGGGGGCUGUACAAGGAUGUUAUGAGAGGUGCUGGGAGAGAGAAGCUGAAUGAGGGGAUUUUGGUCGAGGCUGCUGAUGAGAAGAAGAUUUUCCGAGCGCUGGGAGUGCCAUGGAGACCGCCGGAGCAGAGAAUCUGUCAUUAA